AUGGAAUCUUCGCUGACUCAUGUGAUGCUCGUAUCAUUCCCAGGCCAAGGUCACAUAAACCCACUUCUUCGUCUCGGAAAGCUCAUAGCCUCCAAAGGCCUACUGGUCACUUUUGUCACCACAGAGGAGCCAUUAGGCAAGAAGAUGCGUCAAGCUAACGACAUUCAAGACGGCUCGCUUAAACCCGUCGGUUUAGGUUUCCUCCGGUUUGAAUUCUUCGACGAUGGGUUCUCGUACGACGACUUGGCCAAAACUGGUUCGUUGCUCACAAAGCUUGAAGCCGCCGGAAAACGAGAGAUCAAGAAUCUCGUCGAGAGAUACGAGGAAAAGAAGCAACCGGUGAGGUGUCUUAUAAACAACGCCUUUGUGCCGUGGGUAUGUGACGUGGCCGAUGAGCUUCAGAUCCCUUCCGCUGUUCUUUGGGUCCAGUCUUGCGCCUGCUUUGCGUCUUAUUAUUAUUACCAGAACCAGUUGGUUAAGUUUCCGACCGAAACAGAACCGGAGAUCGACGUUGAAGUCCCCUUCAUGCCACUAGCGUUGAAGCAUGACGAGAUCCCAAGCUUUCUCCACCCUUCCUGUCGAUUCACCAGUGUUACGAUUUGA